CAGUUUGAUUCGACUGUUACAAACGGCAAGAGGUUUUCUUCAGAAAGGUCUGAGCAGUCGAUACUCUUCAGUCUUGAGGAGGUUGUCCGACUCGUUCUCAUUUUCCUUUGGCGAUGGCGAUGUCAAUUCUAAAGCUAAGAAAUUUAUCGGGUCUAAGAUCGGCCGCAAAUAAUGCCCGGAUCGGAGUUUCCUCGAGGGGUUUCUCAAAGCUCGCGGAGGGCACUGACAUAACCUCGGCGGCGCCUGGUGUUUCUCUCCAGAAAGCUCGCAGCUGGGACGAAGGCGUUUCCUCUAAAUUCUCCACCACACCGUUGUCAGAUAUCUUCAAGGGGAAGAAAGUUGUCAUCUUUGGACUCCCUGGGGCUUACACGGGUGUUUGUUCACAGCAGCAUGUCCCUAGCUACAAGAGCCAUAUUGAUAAGUUUAAAGCCAAAGGCAUUGAUUCUGUUAUCUGUGUCUCUGUUAAUGAUCCUUAUGCUAUCAAUGGUUGGGCAGAGAAGAUUGGUGCCAAAGAUGCAAUUGAGUUUUAUGGGGAUUUUGAUGGGAAAUUCCACAAAAGCUUGGGGCUUGACAAGGAUCUCUCUGCUGCAUUGCUCGGGCCUCGGUCUGAGAGAUGGUCGGCUUAUGUAGAAGAUGGUAAGGUUAAGGCGGUGAACGUGGAAGAAGCACCAUCUGACUUCAAGGUUUCGGGGGCAGAAGUCAUCUUAGGACAAAUCUAAAAAAAGUAUUUCGAGAGUUGUUGUUUCUUCUGAGUUGCAACUGCUAAUAAGUUUGAUCCGAACAUGAAGGAGGAUCAAACCAAGUAACAGCGUCACUUUUCUUUUUGUUUUCCAGUGUCAGUUUUAAUAAAAGUUAUGUCUUUAUAUUUUUCACCAAAGUGUAAAUCUGGAUCAUAAUAAAGUAUAAACCAAUAUGAUGAUGUCGUCAAAA